GUCGCUGCGUGAGUCCGGCCCCCACGAACUGCUGUACCGCCCGCGAGCUCACACCGGCUUCUCUUCAGCCCCAGCCAGUGCGCUGUGGUCGCCGUCAUGCUCGCCGCUGCCCUCCGUCGCUGUACCGCAGCCGCGGCUGCCCGAGGCCUCCUGCACCCCGUCUCGGCUCCCAGCCCCGCCGCCGCUGUCUGUUCCAUUCGCUGCUAUUCCCAUGGGUCACAUGAGACAGAUGAGGAGUUUGAUGCUCGCUGGGUGACAUACUUCAACAAGCCAGACAUUGAUGCCUGGGAAUUGCGUAAAGGGAUGAAUACACUUGUUGGCUAUGAUCUGGUUCCUGAGCCCAAAAUCAUUGAUGCUGCAUUGCGGGCAUGUAGACGGUUAAAUGAUUUUGCUAGUGCUGUUCGCAUCUUGGAGGUUGUUAAGGACAAAGCAGGACCUCAUAAGGAAAUCUACCCCUAUGUCAUCCAGGAACUUAGACCAACUUUAAAUGAAUUGGGAAUCUCCACUCCAGAGGAGCUGGGCCUUGACAAAGUGUAAACUCUCUUCGAUGGGCUUCCCAAGGACUUAACUGCUAUUGCUACUUGAUUGAAACAGUUGCCUGGAAAUGUUUUAUUUGAACAAAUUUUCCUUUGAGUAUCAAACCAUGUAAUAGUAACUUGGACUUUAAUAAAGGGAAAUGAGUUUGAACUGAAA